GGUUUAGAAUUUUCGUGAGAUUAUUACAUCCUAAUUUUGUAUCAGUGUUGUGUAAUCUAAUUGUAAUUUAUUUUUGCACUAGCAGAAUCCUAAUUUUACAAUACGUUUCAAAUUACCAUCCUGUGCCAACAAUUUUAUUAUUAAGAUUAACAAGUCUCAUUAUUUUUUUAAUAUCCAAUCAGCCUAUUCCAGUUCAGCUAUCACCAAAACCCCCUUAUCUCCCACUCUCUCCCUCUCUCUCUCUCUCUCUCUCUUUCUCUCGAUCUCGACUAAACCAUCAUUUUAUAUAAAGGAGGGGGGACCAACUAUAUCCAUUUGUAAAAGCUUAACAUUGGUCACAAUUUUUCAACCAAAUGUCAGUGAAAUAUUGAAGAUUCAACAUGUUUACAGAGGUCUGUAUCCUUGAUGAAUGGAUUCAUCGUCCUCCUGUGUUUGCACUGUGUGUGUGUUUCCUCUCUCCUCCUGUCAGCUGCAGGGAGUCUGGAUGCCUGGAUGGGAGCUUGAACAAACCAGUGAGAGACAGAAAGAGGAACUGAGAGAGAGAGAGAGAGACAGAGGCAGAAAGAAAGAGAGAGCACACACAUACACACACAUACACAGAGAGAGAGAGAGCUUCAGAAGCACAUUCUUACACUCCACAAAGCAGUUGCUUGGACCACCGAAGACAGAACGAAAGAAGGGAAUCACAACACAGAGGAAAGGAAAAGGAGGAAGAAUGAAAGUGGAAAAAAAGAUCUGCAGGUUCUGUAGGUCCUGAAGUGUGAGCUUCGGGACACGAUUGUGAAGAUCAUCUUCUUUUUAACCACCUGCAAGAAAAGUGAAGAUUAAAAUAUUCCUUUCAUUUAGCGAGCUCUUGUGGGAAAUUACUACAAAGCGAAGAACUCCUCCAGCAGCAUCCUGUGAAAUAAAGAAUUUAUCCUCUACAGUAGCGAGAGCCUCCACCAGAUGUUAAACUGAUUCAAAGGCCAAAGGCUGUGCUCCAGCAGCCUAGUGAACGACAGAAUUAACGACCGUGACCUUGUCCUCGAGAGCAGCCAUUUACAAAUAACCUGGCACUCACUGGCGACUGCUGCGUAAUUCAGACCUGUUUUAUCGCAGUUUCACUGUAUGUGGAGAUAACAGACGGGGUACACCAGGCCAGCAGUGAUAUAACUGCCUGAUUGUCUCUGUAAUACCAUGGAUUCAGAGGAUGAACCCUUGUUGCUCCAGGCUAUGUGGGACUUUAGUGAGUAUGAGGAACAAGAUGAGGAAGAAGAGAAGGAAGCUUGCGAUGAAGGGGUUGAAGUAAUCAGGGGAGAGCCGAUCUGUAGAGGAUUGUGGUGGGUGGUAGGAUGGAUUUACACUCGUCCCUGGGCCAGUGGAGUGGUUCUUGUUGUGGGCUUCCUGCUUCCCUUAACUCUUUCUGCCUACAUGUUCAUCUACUGCGAGCCCCUGGACAUUGAUCUCUCCUACAGUGCCUUUGAAGUAAGGAGCCAUUCAUCUGCAGAGCGCUUCGAUGCACUCACCAUUGCACUGAAAAGCCAGUUAGGGUCUUGGGAUAGACACAGGCGUGAUGCAGAAGGGUUUGAUUUUGACUCAAAUGCCCUUAGGGAUAUCCUGUUGCUGAAAUUAAACAGACAAGAGAAACAGACAGUGGUGGCCAAUCAGACACAACUAUCUGAGGUUUUGGGAAAUAGACAGGGUAAAUUUGAGGUAGCACAAAAGCAAGGAGACAGAAUUAACACUAAAACAGAGCAAAUGAUGAAAAUGUUGGAUGGUGAGAAACAAGAGGGAAAAAUGAGGCAAAUUAGAAAUUGGACAGAAUCUGACAGAACACAAGUGUAUGAGGAAACAAGCUCAGCUCUUGUCAGAAAACCAAGAUUCGCAGGUUACUCCUACCUUCAGACCCAGGCUCUCUGGAGGAUGGAGCUGGUGUUUGUGGCUCAGGGCGACAAGGACAACAACAUCUUCACCCCGGAGCGUCUUCACACCAUCCACCACGUGGAGCGACUCCUCAUGCAACAUCCACAAUUCCAGCAGUUUUGCUGGAAGCCUCUGGAAGUGUUGAGGGACCUUCCUCUGGGGCCUUCAUACUGCUCACCCCCUAGCUCCCUCCUCUCUUACCUCUUCCCCAGUGAGCGAGGAGGGAAGAUCUACUUUGACGGCAUGGGCUCCGACCUGGCAGACAUACAAGGUGCUUUGAGUCUGGCAAUCACCCACCCUCAGUUUUAUUGGUAUGUGGAUGAGACACUCACUCCGGACAGCCUUCAUUCCUCCCUCCUCCGCAGCGAGAUCCAUUUUGGAGCACCACUGCCAUCCUUCUACUCUGUACAAGACAGGCCCCUGGAGCAGAGACGAAGAUUCAGGGACUUUGUGGUUCAGUAUGCUGAUAUUCUGGCUCAGCAGUCCACCAGCAAGGUGAAGGUGCUUUAUGGGGGUACAGAGCUUUUUGAUGAUGAGGUCAGAAGGACGUUCCACAGCGACAUGUUGCUAGCGUUAUUCAGUGGCUCUUGCAUAGCAGUGCUGGUCUAUAUCCUCACUUCUUUCUCAUUGUUUCUGACAUUCUUUGGCUUGGCUAGUAUUGGCCUGAGCUGCCUGGUGGCUCUGUUCCUCUAUCAUGUGGUCUUCGGGGUGAAGUACUUGGGCAUUCUCAAUGGUGUGGCAGCCUUCAUAAUCAUUGGCAUUGGUGUGGAUGAUGUGUUUGUGUUUAUCAGCACGUUCAGGCAGGCAGCUCAUGUUGUAGGAGCUGAGCAGCGCAUGAUCCACACAGUGAAGACAGCAAGUCGCGCCACCUUCCUCACCUCCUUCACCACGGCAGCUGCUUAUGCAGCCAAUGCCUUCUCCCAGAUCCCAGCGGUGCAUGACUUUAGUCUGUUCAUGUCUCUCAUCGUGAGUUGCUGCUGGCUCUGGGUGUCCAUUCUAAUGCCUGCUGCCCUCUGCAUUUGGAAUCAGUGUGCUGCUGCCCACGCUAACGCCUGUCCAAAAUGGUGGAGUACUCUGAAUACAUUCUCAGUCAAUCUCAGCCCUCUUUCUGAUGAGGAUGAUGAUGUGGCUCUUUUGACUGUAGAGACAGAACCAGAUCUCCAUGAUUCGGAGUUUGAUGCAGCUCUGCUGCCUCUCCCAGAUGGAUCCACAGAAGGGAACAUUGGGUUGGUCAGUGCCAAGCUCCAGAGGGCAUUGCGAUCCUGGGUGGCUGAGCCUGCGGUGAAGAGACGCAAGGCAAUUAUAGCUCUAUAUGUUGUGGUACUGCUUGCUUCAGUGUGUUGCUGUAGCCUCCUUAAACCAGCCAGUCAUGCUCCUGCACUCUUCCACCACAACACCAACUUACAGCAACUGUUGGAUCUCCGUAGCAACCUGAGCGCCCAGGGGAUCUCGUGUCACAUGUGCUCAGGAGUGUUUAUGGAAACACCUCACAGCUUGCACAGCAGCGUCCACGCCAUGAGCUCCACAUCAAGGAAAAACUCCCCAUCAAGCCAAGCUGAAGGGAGUCCAAGACAGCAAAAUGCCACACACAUUACAACAGAUGGCCUUCUGACAGUUUUUGUGUCUAAGCUGGAGGUAGAUGCACCUGUUACCCUCUACCGCUACUCUCUUAGUGCCAGCAUGCCCGCUCCCUGGAGAGCACUGAGCCCCAGGCAUGGGGACGUGCCAUCAUUUCAGGCUUACAACAGUCGCCAUGGCAACUAUAGUGCACGGCUUACAGUGUGUGUGUCGCAUGCCUACCAUCCACGGCCACGAUGGAUGUUGACCUUGGGGUCAUGCGACCCUCGCCAUGGCUGGAGGUCGGACUUCAGCUUCUUUGUGGCACCUAGUGAGCAGAAAAACAGCAGGAGGUUGUAUUUUGCCCAGAACACCCUAAGCCCAUACCCUAGUCGUGUGUGUGAUGGACCACCAGGCUGUAUGGUCAGCUCUGGGCAUGAUGGACCUACUCAGGGCAGUUUCUAUACCCCUGUGCCUGCAGCCCCUAGAGAGAUGAAGAGUUCGAAGACAUCGGGCUUUAACCCUUGUAGUGGAGGCGGAUGUGGGAAGCCAGCAGUACGUCCCCUGGUGGACACUGGAGCCAUGGUGUUCAUUGUGUUCGGGAUACUCGGGGUCAAUCGCACUCAACGUUCAGACAACCAUGUUAUUGGAGACCUGGGCAGUGUGAUCUACGAUCCUGACUUUGAUCUCUUCAAUGAAAUUGGUCACUUGUGCCGACUCUGCAAAGCCAUCAGUGCCAAUACACAGCUUGUCAAGCCUGGCGGGGCACAGUGCUUGCCUUCAGGCAACAGUCUCAAAUCUAUCCUUCCUCUCCUCCACCCUGAGUGUCAGUCUCUUCCUGAGCCCAACCUCCUGCCUGGCCAACUCUCCCAUGGUGCAGUGGGUAUGCAGGGCGGGCGAGUACACUGGAUCUCCAUGGCUUUUGAAUCAACCACCUACAAAGGAAAGUCCUCGUUUCAGGCAUACUCGGAUUUCCUGCAGUGGGAGAGCUUCCUGAAGGAGCAGUUAGCAUCUCUCCCACAAAGUUCAGCUCUGCGACGGGGCUUCCAGACCUGCCAGCACUGGAAGCAGAUAUUCAUGGAGAUCAUAGGUGUGGAGAGCGCGCUUUACAGUCUGCUCCUGUCCUUGGCCAUCUGUAUAGCAUCCGUCGCAGUGUUUACUGUCCAUCCUCUACUGUUGCUGCCUAUCCUGUUUAGCAUUCUGGGUGUGGUGUGUAUGGUGGUGGCAGUGAUGUACUGGUUAGGCUGGGAGAUGGGUGCAGUGGAGGCAAUCUCUCUCUCCAUCUUAGUUGGAUCUUCGGUGGAUUACUGUCUGCACCUGGUUGAGGGCUUCCUGCUCGCUGGAGAUACAGAAAACAUGGGGACUGUCAGUCACAGCACGGACCCAUCAACCGAGCGUCAGCGGCGAACACUGGAAGCUGUCAAUCACGUUGGAGUUGCCAUAGUAUCUAGCGCGAUCACGACAGUGAUAUCGACCGUGCCACUGUUUUUCUGCACGAUUAUGCCUUUUUCAAAGUUUGGCCAGAUUGUGGCUAUUAACACUGCCAUCUCAAUAUUAUUUACCCUCGUUGUGACCACAGCCCUGCUAGCCACAAUGGGGCCUUCACACUUCACUCGGCCACCCCGAGCAGUUCUCAAAGCCAGCCUGGUGGUGCUUGCGGUGGGGCUCUCAGGGUGUCUGUUCUGGUGGACCGGAUCACAACUGAUCCCCACUAGCUGGAGCUCACUUAUUACUUAGACAUGGAGAUGUCUACUGAUCUGUUAGCCAAAAGACUGAAGAAUCCAAAUGAAUUAAGACAGAACUGUUGUGUAGUGACACAGCCACUGAAUGUAUUUGGUGUGUAAAUUAUUAGGAUGUACAUGAUACAGAAUACAUGAUACUGUUUUGUUGAAAUUAAAGGGUGGUCCUUGUGGGACACCUUAAAGGAAAGAUCCACCAUGAAUAACUUGCAUAUUAUUAUUAUUUAUAAUCUGCAUUGACUUUUUUUUUUUUUAGUGUAAACUUCUCUCAUCAACAGUGUUCUGUUUUCACUUUGGUUAACGGUUACCUACAUCACCCACAAUGCUGCCAGUGGGAUUUAGCCCUCACUUCAUCUCUAUCUAAAUAUAGCGAUGUAGCAGAGCUUUAGCCCAUCAGCAGCAUUGUGCUUGUCAGCUCAUAGGUCGCUAACUAGCCAAGUCACGACUGCUUCGUAUAGCUACUUUGCAUCCUGGGACUUUGAGACCAACAUUUGCUGUCUCCAUUACAUCUAUGUUAGAUUUCUCAUGAAUAUGACAUUGAACAUUGCUGGAAAAUGGUAAGUGAGAAAAGAAACUCUUGUACUUUUUUUUUUAGGAUCUAAAACCGAUACCUGGCCAUAUGUUUGAGAUUGAGAUUGAAACUAUUGUUACUGCGCUGGCAAUGUCCUCCUGUGACGUCAAUGCGGCACACACUCGCUGUCUUCUCACGGCAAUAAUGAAAAUACAGCAUCCACCAACAAAUCAGCACGACAAUCACUAAGCACAUCACAAAUCUUUCAAUAUAAACAUGUAAUGUAUUUCGGGGUGGACUUUUCCUUUAAGUGUCAGCAGCGAACGUGGGGAAGACGAAUGUACACAUUGAUAAACACAGUCAGUUAAACAAAUCUGUUAUUAAAGAACUCCUCAAGUAGACCAGAAAUGUUUUCUUUGAAUCUUUAAUGAAUAAGAAUAAAAAAGAUGGUCUAGGGAGAUUGUGGAUAUGCCGUCUACCUCAGGUUAUUAAAAAAAAACAACAAAGAACCUGUCCCUGUAUCAGUAUUGAAGUCUGACAAAGUCUUGUAAAUGGAAUAAUAAAAGUAUUUUGGUAUGCUCCAGCUCCAUCCUAUGGGAAAGCUGAAGAAAAGUUUGACUUCUAAAAUAUUAUUGACAAAAUGUCACUCUACCGCAGCUCUGCUUUUGAGAAAAGAAACUGGAGUUUUGACAUUGACGACGGUGUUCUUAUAAAAUGAAAUAAAACCUUUUUAAAUCUAGUCAGUUGAUGGUACUGUGUAACCAUCGAUAGGUUAGAAGUUGUGUUUUAAAGUACAAACCACAAAAGUAUUUUGUAUAAUGAUUUGUUUUGUGAAACUGACCAACAAGCUGUUCUAAUGGUUUUAUAUCACUGUAAAUCUGUACUUGAGUAGUUGAGAUGUUUCUGUUGAAUUGUUCCUUUUAAAAAUGAUUUAUACAAUGUGUUGUAUAAAUGCUAUGCUAUUGGUUCUCAUAUAUCAAAUCAAUACACUCACCUUGAGGGCAUUUACAGUCUUUUGUAUUUUGUGAUGGAUAUGACUGCGAAACAUAAGUGCAAACAGCUUGCUUCAAAUGUCUUGACCCAUUUUUUCACCUGUCCCUGUUUUAGAGAUUCGAUUUCACAAUGUUCUCCAUCGCAGAACAUCUCCUUACUAAGGAAAGCUUUUUAUAGGGCUGUUGGUUGUUAUUUACACAGAAAAUGUGGGAUGAGUCCUUAUUUACAUUUAUGUUCCUGAUUUAAAAAAAGGAAAUAACAAUUCCAAGGUUUAGCAAGUGGUAGCCUAUCAGUCAGUGGAAAAAAUAGCAAGGCAGAUGGUAAAGAAAACAGUCUAAAUGUACUUUGUUAGUCUGAAAACAUUUCAAACUAGAUGAAGCCAAUUUUACAGUCAACUGCACAUGACAAAUCUUUUUUUCCCCUUUAGCUUUAAUGGACUGUUAACACUUUGAUAUCACUUUGCAUGAAAUGCAAUCCCACUCCUGCGUGUUUCCAAAGGAAUUCCUCCUGCAGUUAUUUUUGUUUUCCUUCAAUUCUAAAUAAAAUUCGAAUAAAAUUUG